GGGUGGGUCUGGCUCAGCUCAGGGAGGAUGCCCUGCCUGAAAAUGCUGCAGCUUUCAUCCCUCAGCCCAGCAUCUGAUCACAUCUUCUGUCACUCAGGGACUGAGUGGGCGGGGCCUUAAGCAUUAUCCAAUCAGGGACGCUGGGCUGGAAACCGUCCAAUCAGGCAGGCAGCUGGAACAAAGAGGACGGCUUCCGGAUUUGGCGCGGCCUUUGUCUCUGGCUGCAUCUGGAGCUAUAUGUUUCCUCUUCACUAGGUGCCUUCUGCUCCUAGAGGCGCAGCCUCUGUGGCCCUUCGUCCUGCAGGUAUUGGGAAAUCCACAUCCAAGAUGCCGGGAUCCCCUGGAAGCCUAGGAAUGUUAUGUGUUCUCAUUUUGCCCAAGACCUUCGGCCAGAGCAAAGCAUAAAAGAUUCUUUCCAAAAAGUGAUACUUAGAAAAUUUGAAAAAUGUGGACAUGGCAAUUUACAGUUUAAAAAAGGCUGUGAAAGCAUGGAUGAGUGUGAGGUACACAAAAGAGGUUAUAGUGGACUUAACCAAUGUUUGACAACUACCCAGAGCAAAAUAUUUCAAUGUGGUAAAUAUGUGGAAGUGUUUCAUCAGUUUUCAAAUUCAAACAGACAAAAGAGAGGACAUACUGGGAAAAAACCUUUCAAAUAUGUAGAAUGUGGCAAAGCUUGUAAACAGUUCUCAACUCUUACUACACAUAAGAAAAUUCAUACUGGAGGGAAACCCUACAAAUGUGAAGAAUGUGACAAAGCCUUUAGCCACUCUUGCAACCUUACUAGACAUAAGAAAAUUCAUACUGAAGAGAAACCCUACAAAUGUGAAGAAUGUGGCAAAGCCUUUAAGCACUCCUAUACCCUUACUACACAUAAGAUAAUCCAUACUGGAGAACAACCCUACAAAUGUAAAGAAUGUGGCAAAGCUUUUAACCAUCCUGCAACUCUUUCUUCACAUAAGAAAAUUCAUAUUGGAGAGAAACCAUACAAGUGUGAUAAAUGUGGCAAAGCCUUUAUUUCACCCUCAAUCCUUAGUAAACACGAGAAGAUUCAUACGGGAGAGAGACCAUACAAGUGUGAUAAAUGUGACAAAGCCUUCACCCGUUCCUCACACCUUACUAUGCAUAAGAUCAUUCAUACUGGAGAGAAGCCAUACAAAUGUGAAGAAUGUGGCAAAGCUUUUACAUGGUCUGCAGGUCUCCAUAAACAUAGGAGAACUCACACUGGAGAGAAACCCUACAAAUGUGAAGAAUGUGGCAAAGCCUAUACUACGUCCUCAAAUCUAAUGGAACAUAAGGCAACUCAUACUGGAGAGCAACGUUACAAAUGUAAAGAAUGUGGCAAAGGUUUUAACUGGUCCUCAGACUUUAAUAAACAUAAGAAAAUUCAUAUUGGACAGAAACCAAGAAUGUGACAAAGCUUUAUUUUAUUAUUGUUAUUUAUUUAUUUUUGUUUGAGAGUGAAUUUCGCUCUUGUUGCCCAGGCUGGAGUGCAG